AUGGACGUCCCGAGGCAGGUGGUGAACUUCGGUGCCGGGCCCGCCAAGCUGCCGCGCUCGGUGUUGUUAGAGGUACAAAAAGAAUUAUUAGACUACAGAGGAGUUGGCAUUAGUGUUCUUGAAAUGAGUCACAGGUCGUCAGAUUUCGCAAAGGUUAUUAACAACACAGAGAAUCUGGUGCGAGAAUUGUUAGCCGUUCCAGAUAACUACAAGGUGAUCUUUGUGCAAGGCGGUGGGUGUGGCCAAUUCAGUGCUGUUCCCUUAAACCUGAUUGGCCUGAAAGCAGGAAGGUGUGCGGACUAUGUGGUGACAGGAGGUUGGUCAGCGAAGGCCGCCGAAGAAGCCAAGAAAUUUGGGACUGUGAAUAUUGUCCACCCUAAACUUGGGAGUUACACGAAAAUUCCAGAUCCAAGCACCUGGAACCUCAACCCGGAUGCCUCCUACGUGUAUUAUUGUGCAAAUGAGACCGUGCACGGUGUGGAGUUUGAUUUCAUACCUGACGUCAAGGGAGCAGUACUGGUUUGUGACAUGUCCUCAAACUUUCUAUCCAAGCCAGUGGAUGUUUCCAAGUUUGGUGUGAUCUUCGCUGGUGCCCAGAAGAACAUAGGCCCUGCUGGGGUCACCGUGGUCAUCAUCCGUGAUGACCUGCUGGGAUUCGCCCUCAGAGAGUGUCCCUCGAUCCUGGAGUACAAGGUGCAGGCCGGAAACAACUCCUUGUACAACACGCCUCCGUGUUUCAGCAUCUAUGUCAUGGGCUUGGUCCUGGAGUGGAUUAAGAACAAUGGUGGGGCAGCAGCCAUGGAGAAGCUGAAUUCCAUCAAAUCCCAAAUGAUUUAUGACAUCAUUGAUAAUUCUCAGGGAUUCUAUGUAUGUCCAGUGGAACCCCAAAAUAGAAGCAAGAUGAAUAUUCCAUUCUGCAUUGGCAAUGCCAAAGGAGAUGAUGCAUUAGAAAAAAGAUUUCUCGAUAAAGCUCUUGAACUCAAUAUGAUCUCCUUGAAAGGGCAUAGGUCUGUGGGAGGCAUCCGGGCCUCUCUGUAUAAUGCCGUCACGAUCGAAGAUGUUCAGAAGCUGGCUGCCUUCAUGAAGAAGUUUUUGGAGAUGCAUCAGCUAUGA